UCCCCCUUUCGUCUCUCAACACGAAUCCAUAUGUAUGGGGUUGAGAGGCGCACCAGGCGACGCAAAUGUGCUGACUACAUUACGCCGCUAUAUAAGAUAGCCGGCCAACCAUCCUAUCCCCACAGACCGAGCCAGAUCGGCAGACCGUUCACAGACGGACCAACGAACCGAUUUACCGAUACACCUCGGGACCACGACGCAUCUUUUUCACGUUUGACACGGGCCACGCUCCGCGAAUCACCUCCGUCAGACUUCGCCUUUCGCACGAUUCGCCGAUUCGGUUUCACCAUCCGAUCGAGAGGACACUCGCCGAUUUAUCACACACGGUUUCCGAUAUAUAUCAUCGGCGAAGGUGAUCGGAUUUUUUAUUUUCUCUUUUCACUUUCUUACCAUUCUUCGUUCCUUGUAUUUCUUUUUCGCGAUUUUUCUACGCUUCGGCGACGAUUUGCCCAAAUCUUGGACGAUUUCGUUUCAAACAAUCACGCACGUCAUCGUCGAGAGGAUCGAGGAGUUUUGCAAUCGGUAAUAAAAAAACUGUAACAGCGACGCACGUGACGCGAAGGUUUUCGAAAAGAGCAAUCGGUAGCCGUAUCUCGCGCACACAGGUACCCUAGGUCGGGGUACCCACACACCACACGAAAAACAGUAUCGGUGACCGAUCGUCAGUGAGUGCAUCGAGGAGAGACAAGGUCGAAGAUGAUCCCUCUGACAGCGACCACGUGCUUCCUAAUCGCCAUCACGUUCCUGGCGCUCGCGCUGAUCCUGCUGGAUCAUCUAAGGUCCAAGAAAACGGCGAAGAACGUCAUCCUGGACGAUCACGUCCUGCCGGAACCACCUGGCCCGAGACCAUGGCCGAUUCUGGGCUCCCUUCAUAUCCUGGGACGCUACGACGUACCCUACAAAGCUUUCGCUGACCUUGUUAGGGACUACGACUGCCAAGUGAUCAAGUUAAGGAUGGGAUCCAUGCCCUGCGUGGUCGUCAAUGGCCUGGAGAACAUCAGAGAAGUGCUCACGAUCAAGGGACAUCACUUCGAUUCCAGGCCGAACUUUGCCAGAUAUCAUUUGCUCUUCGGUGGAAACAAGGAGAACUCUCUGGCAUUUUGCAACUGGUCAGAGGUGCAGAAGACCCGAAGAGACAUGCUUCGCGCGUACACAUUCCCUCGCGCGUUCUCCGCCCGCUACAACGAUUUAAACCAGAUAAUCGGCGAGGAAAUGGACUUUAUGAUCAACCAUCUGGACUCCCUCUCAAACACAAACGUGCACGCGAAGCCAUUGAUCCUUCAUUCCUGCGCGAACGUCUUCAUCACGUAUCUCUGUUCCAAAAACUUCCAUCUGGAACACGAUGGUUUCCGGCAUAUGGUGGCUAACUUCGACAAAGUAUUCUUCGAGGUGAACCAAGGCUACGCAGCCGAUUUCCUACCAUUCCUCAUGCCUCUUCAUCACAGAAACAUGGCGAGAAUGGCACACUGGAGCCACGAAAUCAGAAGAUUCGUCAUUAAGAACAUUAUAUCUGAUCGAGUGAACGCAUGGAAUGGCGUUGUUCCUGAGAAAGACUACGCAGACUGUCUGAUCAAUCAUGUCAAGAGCGGAUCAGAGCCUGAGAUGUCUUGGAACACAGCGUUGUUCGUAAUGGAAGAUAUCAUUGGCGGUCACAGUGCAAUUGGAAAUCUUCUGGUCAAGGUUCUAGGAUUCAUUGUUACGAGGCCGGACGUUCAGAAGGUUGCUCAAGAGGAGAUCGAUAGUCUUGGUAUCGCCGGGAAUUUCGUUGGAUUGGAGAACAGAACAUCCUUGCCUUACGUGGAGGCCAUUAUCUUGGAGACUAUUAGACUAAUUGCCAGUCCUAUUGUUCCUCACGUGGCCAAUCAGGAUAGCUCCAUUGCUGGUUACAGAAUCAAGAAAGACACCUUCAUCUUCCUCAACAACUACGAGCUGAACAUGUCCACAGAUCUGUGGACGUCGCCAGAGAAAUUCAUGCCCGACAGAUUCGUGCAAAACGGAAGGUUACUGAAACCGGAACACUUUCUACCGUUCGGCGGAGGUCGGAGGUCGUGCAUGGGCUACAAACUCGUGCAGUAUCUGAGCUUCGCGGUCCUGGCCACGUUGCUGAAGAACUUCACGAUAACACCGGUGAAGAACGAGGACUACACGAUCCCGAUUGGGAACCUCGCUCUGCCAGAAAUGACGUUCAAAUUUCGGUUUGAACGACGGUAGACGGUGAACGGUUGGCCUUGAAGGAAAGGGCUGACUCGAAGAUUUCCGGUUGCUUCGGUGACAAUGAGAGAGAGAGAGACUUGAACACGAUAGGGCAACUGACAACGGAUUCGUUGAUCCACGAUCAAGAGAGGAGCUUCGCUUCGAAAAUUUCGAAGGAAUUGAGCUGAACAGAGGCUUCUGAUCUAUAUAUGUAUAUUCUUCUCUUUUAAACAAAGCUUUAUAAGAAGGUUGGAUGAAGUGUGUUUGACCUUCGUCAGCAACGAGAGCUUUACUGACAUUACUAGAUGGUUAAGGUAGCAAAUUUGUUGAUCGUCCAUCGAGAUGGAGUAAAUUCACUUUGCCCACCGUCGAAACGGUUCGAAGACGAUCAGCCGCGAUAUCAGGAGAGAAAACUUGGACUGAAGAAAGAAGAGGACUGACCCCCGCGAGAGGCAGCGGAGGGGCGAGAACAAGUUGUCAUUUUGACGAGCAGCGUAGGUAAACCGAGACUUACCGACUCAUCUUCUUGUGUUUCUCUCUUAUGGAGGAUUCGUCAUAUUCUUUGCAUCUUAUAGAGAAGACUCUUUGUAUCUUUUUCUUUUUUUCUCUGAAGAUCUUUAGUUUACAGAAACAGAAAGAAAUGCAUAAAAAUUUGCAACUUAUGUUAUCGAACGAUAAUCUUUGGCGAAUUUUCAUUUCACUCGAAAUCGAUCGACGCACACUCGCUUUAUUCUUCUUCUUCUUCUUUUUUGUUUUUCGCUCUACACACUUUCUAUUUUUCACUCUUCUCGAUUACAUCGUCGUGUGAACAUGAAAAUUACAUAUGCGUAUGUUCACAUUUAACAAAAUUUUAUAUGGUCGAAUUCCACUGAUUCAUUAAUUGAAUUAUUUGAGUUCCAACAAUGU